AGGUAGACACACCACUUCACCUCGACUCCAGGCUGGAGUACCACGACGUUCAUUUUCAAAUGUCUGUGUCUUAUUAGUACAUCUCUAGGAUAUGUUUCUGCACUAUUCGUUUUUUGUCUAAGUCUUCAUAUUAUAAUUUAGCACUCUGGAGCCAAACACGUUCGCUGCCUGAAGGUCUUCCAAGUUCAAGCUGAUGUACCACAUGGUUUGGAUUAAACAGAAGGCCAUGAAGAGAAUUUUUUUUGUAUUUCUAUUCAUAACAUUUAUAACUGUGGGGGUGUAUUUUAUGAUGUGGGACAAUGGAAAGAGGAAUAAGGAAGGGUUGAGUUUGAAUGACAUGGUUGUGGCUAAUCCGGUUUCCAGCAACAGUCUCCUACAAAAGAUUUUGAAGGAGGACCCUAAAUGGCUGCAGUUAUAUGAAGGUGAACCAAAGCACAGACCCAACUUCACCUACUUAACCUCGGAACAUUCCAAAUGCAGGGAUGAUGCACCUUUUGUGGUCAUUUUCGUUGCAUCCCGUCCAAGUGAAGUUGAAGCGAGACUGGCAAUUAGAGCUUCUUGGGCCAGUAAGAAGCAAUGGCAUGGGAAAUCUGUUCUAACCUUGUUUCUAACAGGCAACGAAAGCAGAGAGCAAACAGGAAAAUUAUAUUUAGAACAUGAAAAAUACAGAGAUAUGAUAAUGCAAGACUUUCUCGAUUCCUAUCAAAAUCUAACACAUAAAACCAGAAUGGCUUUUCAGUGGCUACAUGAUUUCUGCCCAAAGGCUAAGUACAUUAUGAAAACUGAUUCUGAUGUCUUUGUUAAUCCUGGCAAUUUGGUCAAUUAUUUGCUGCAGCAGGCUGAGACAGAACAUUUUUACACAGGCUAUCCAUUUGUGAACACGUAUCCAUACAGAAACGUGUUAACUAAGAACUAUAUCUCCACUGAAGAGUACCCUCUGGAUAUAUUCCCUCCCUAUGGUAGUGGGCUGGGGUAUGUUAUUUCAGGGAAUCUAGCAUUGAGAAUCUACGAGAUGAUGUGCCAUGUCAAGCCAUUUAGGAUUGAAGAUGUCUAUGUAGGAGUCUGUGUGAAGUUAUUAGGAGAGGAGGUGCAUGUACCAAAAGACCACCUAUUCUUCCUCUUUAAAACAGAACUGGCAGACAAAAUUGAAAGUUUGAUUGCAGCACACUGGGUGGAUCCAGCAGCCAUGAGACAUUACUGGGAGACACUUCACAGCUCAUCUUAAUAUAACUGUGCAGUCAACACUGUAGGAUGGGAUGUUUUUUGUGUUUUUCUUUGACGCAUUACUGUUUUUAGAAAAACACACAUGCUGUUUAAGGUAAAAUACCCUGCUGGAAAUUCCAACAAUGACCAGAACUUAGUAAGAGUCAAUUGUUGUCUAUACUCCUAAAUUAAUUGAUUUUCUAUAAAUCCAAGCAUCUCUUUUAUAUAUCUGCUGGGUACCCAUUUGGAAACCAGUAAAUAUUUGUCCCCAUUCCUAAUUUCACUGGCACGUCAGAUUCUAGUGAAGAGAUUGCAUGUGGUCUGUCUGUGUUAAACAGCUUAAAACAUUGGGCCAUAUUUACAAAGCAUUUACCACCACACACAGUUAACACUAAAAAGAAAACAAAAUGCAGUGGUUACAAUGCUUCAAAGAAAUAACUUAUUUAGUUAAAUUAGAAGCAUGUUUCCUUCUAGUUUUAUAAGAUUAGCAGUUUGUUUUUUCGCUUCACAAAAAAUGGUAUAAAUGUACAGUGGUAAAUGCUUUGUAAAUAUGACCCACUUAUCUUCAAACCUGUGUAAGCCAUGGAUAUUAAUAUAUGAUUUAAUACAAGUUAUUUUUAUUGUGUAUUAAAAUAUUGUGUAAAAAAAAAUUUCCACAUUCAAAUAAAACUAAACUUUUAAACCAUACUAUACAAGUAAAUCCCUGGGGAAAAAAACUGGAAUAAACUAUCCAAGAUGACAAAUGUUUUUCUACUUGGUUUAAAGUGUUUUUAAAGCUAUGGAUACAUAGCAUGUCUUUGUUGUUUCUGAAACUGGAGCUUGAA